AUGAUAAACAACGACUCUCAAUUGAACAAAAAGGUCGUUACAAGAACGUAUCAAUCCAGCAUCGAUGAUGAUUCAAUUAUCGUUGGUGCUGGAUUUCGUGGUACUCACGCUCACAAGAGAGCGCGAGUACUAUCGUAUCAAGCUAUUUGGUACUCACGCUCACCAGAGCGUGAGUACUAUCGUAUCAAGUCCUAUUCUAUUUUUUUUUUCACCGAGGAAUUUGAUGAUAGUGAUGUCAGUUUUUCCGGAUAUUGA